UGAGACGCUUUCCUUCUGUCUGGCCCGUGCUGUGGCCCAGCUAAAUCCGUAGCAGAGCGCAGGUGCUCCCAGGCGCGGAGCUGCAAAGGUUGGCGGGGCCGAGGGAAGACGGCCCGUGGUUUCAGACAGGGUGACUUGUUCCUUGUCUCUGUGUCUCCAUAAACUUCCUGCGUGUAACCAGAACCCGUGAGAAGAUACGUGGCUUUGACUAAGACAUCUGCCGUUCAGCCCCGCACCCCGCGGCCCCCUCCUGACACGUGUCUGGCUGUCGCACCCGGAUCCUCAGCCUCUCGCGGAAGCUGCACACGCCCUCCCGUGGGCACGCCCCGUGCCCGACGCCGCGCGCAGCCUCUCUUGGUGGAUAAGAGGAAGCACUGAUUUUCUUCUAAACAGCUUUAUUGAGGAAUAAUUUACACGCCAUAAAAUUCAGUCUUUCUAAGGGUAUUAAUACAAUGAUUUUCAGUAAAUGUAGAGACUUGUGCAGCCGUCACCGUCGGCCACUCUGGACACAUUCCUGUCGCCCGGAGAGCACCGCCCGGCCGCAGCCACUCGCCUGCCCGGACAGCCCGCCUCCCGCCUCGGGCGGCCGCUCUCCCGCUGUCUCUCGGCUUUUCUGUUCUGGGUUUUCAUAUAAAUAGACUCAUAUGACACGUGCUCUUUUGUGGCGGCUUCUUUUACUUUAUGUGGCUUCUCUUGUUAAGCCUCACAAAACUCCGAGAAGAUAUUCUCCGCUCUUUACCAGACUGAGGGAUUCUAACUGGGGUUAAAAAUCACUUGUCCACAAACAGAGUAAUUUACUGUCAGACACUAGUGCUCGAAGCCAGUUCUUUCAGACGCCAGAGCCUACGUUCCUAGCCCUUGUUGUGCUGUGUCUUCCUAAUGAGAAGCUGAAGAAACGAAAUGAACUGUGGACUUAGGAGUCAGUUCCAUCUAGAGGGUUCUGUUUCCUUGAAGCUAAGAAGAAACUUCCCAACUUGCCUGUCUUCUUGGAAGACUCCUCCUCGCGCCCUGCAGUCCUCCCAGUCGGAAGCUCUGCUCAGUCCAACAAACAAUGGGCUGCCCUGCGCCCCCCUGCAGACGCUCACCGCCGAGGAGAUGCUGAUAAAGACCUCAGUUAAAAAAUUUGCCCAGGAACAAAUUGCUCCUUUGGUUUCAACAAUGGAUAAAAAUGCAAAGAUGGAGAAAUCAGUAAUACAAGGAUUGUUUCAACAAGGGUUGAUGGCUGUGGACGUCGACACCAAGUACGGCGGGACCGGGGCGUCCUUCUUUUCCCUCGUCCUGGCGGUGGAGGAGCUGUCCAAGGUGGAUGCCUCUGUGGCCCUGAUAUGUGACGUCCAGAACACGGUGGUCAACGGGCUGAUCAGGAAGCACGGGACGGAAGAGCAGAAGGCGACCUACCUGACCCAGCUGGCUACGGAGAAGGUAGGAAGUUUCUGCCUCUCAGAGGCUGGAGCAGGUAGUGAUUCAUUUGCUUUGAAGACAAGAGCUGAUAAGAAGGGAAACUAUUACGUCAUCAAUGGGUCAAAGAUGUGGAUCAGCAACGCUAGGGAAGCCGAGAUCUUCCUGGUGAUGGCCAACAUGGACCCUGCCAUGGGCUACAGAGGAAUCACCUGCUUCGUGGUCGACCGGGACACAGAGGGCCUUCAUGUAGGGAAGAGGGAAGACAAACUGGGGAUCAGGGCCUCUUCCACCUGCUCGCUGACAUUCGAGGACGUCAAGGUUCCAGAAGCCAGUAUCCUGGGGCAACUGGGCCACGGCUAUAAGUACGCCAUCGGGAGCCUCAAUGAGGGGAGGAUAGGAAUCGCCGCGCAGAUGCUGGGAAUAGCUCAAGGAUGUUUUGACUACACGGUUCCAUAUAUUAAAGAAAGGAUGCAGUUCGGCAAAAGAUUGUUUGAUUUUCAGGGGCUGCAGCACCAAGUGGCCCAGGUGGCCACCCAGCUGGAAGCCGCGAGGUUGCUGACGUACAACGCGGCCAGGCUCGUGGACGCGGGGAAGCCGUUCAUAAAAGAAGCUGCCAUGGCCAAGUACUACGCGUCGGAGAUGGCAGGACUGACGACCAGCAAGUGUAUCGAGUGGAUGGGAGGUGUGGGCUACACCAAGGACUACCCCGUGGAGAAGUUCUUCCGAGAUGCAAAGAUCGGUACAAUAUACGAAGGCACCUCAAACAUCCAGCUGAACACCAUCGCGAAGCACAUCGAUGGGGCGUACUGACCGCACGGGAGGGCCCGCUGCCGCUCGCCGGCUGGCGUGAAACCCUGAGCUCGCGUGCCUCUGUGGGGAGUAGCCCUCCGCAGCGUCGGGGCGAUUUAUGUGGGUCCUCGGUCAUGGAUCUUGGGCGGACCUUUUCUAUUUUAUCUCUCAGGCCUGCUCAGCUUAGGCUCAGGAAAUCAUUUUUAAAUUUGGGAAGGAGUCUACUCAUAUCUUCUCGAAAACGUUUUUAAGUUCUUUCGGUAUAAUUCUGCCUUCAGGGAACACAGAAGUUUCCCUCUGUCCACAUCUGGAGUAUUAGUAACAGGCAGACAUUCAGUUCCAAGCUGCUGAACUAGGUGGAAACUGACAAAGAUGUUCUUUAGGAAACUCUGGAAGCUGUAGCUGUAGAUACUGAGACUGGUGGGAGAUGAGGGUGUGACUCUCGGUCCCGUCGGUGAGGAAUCACUUCCACAGAAUAAAGCCGUGGGCUCUGUCACGA